AUGUUCUCUCCCAAUAGACCGCACCUCAAUCACCCACCUACCAUGUCAAUUUCUACCACUUACCAAGACAUGAACCCCGAACCUAUCUGCCACAUUGUGGCCCCUGUGGGCUGCAUGGGCUACGGCUUCGACGAAGAUCUCGUGGCGAUUGAACUUGCUCAGCUCGUCCCCACGGGGGUACCAACUGCGAUCAUUCUUGACGCAGGCUCAACAGACAGCGGGCCAGAGAAACUGGCCCUAGGAACAAUGACUUGUCCACGUUCGGCAUAUGUCAAAGAUCUCACGAAGCUGUUGAAGCUCGUACACACUUUUGGUGUCCAGUUGAUCUUCGGCUCUGCCGGCGGCGACGGGGCAGAUGAACAUGUUGUCUUGAUGCAAGAGAUCAUUGCUGAAAUAUCGGCUGACAAGGGGAACGAACACUACUCUUUCAAGACAAUCUCUAUUUUCUCCGGUAUCGACAAAACCAUCGUCUUUGGCCGACUAAAAGCUAGCCGCAUCACUGGAUGUGGAACCUGUGUUCCAGCCCUCACAGAAGGCGAUGUUGAAGCUACUCCGCGAGUCGUUGCACAAGUCGGCCCGGAGCCUUUUAUCGAUGCGAUGGAAGCUGAUCCGGAUUUUGAUAUCAUCGUUGGAGGCCGCGCAUACGACCCGGCUCCCUAUGUUGCGUACUCCAUGUUCCAGCUCAAGCGGCAACAUCCAAAUCUCAGCGAACAGCAGCUCGGAGAGAGGCACGGCGGAUUCCUGCACAUGGGCAAAAUUAUGGAGUGCGGAGGGCAAUGCUCCACGCCAAAGUCGCAUGGUGCGGUCGCAACCAUCUACCAAGACGGUGUAUUUGAAGUCCGACCCAUUGCAGCUGAGUCAAGAUGCACGCCCCUUUCAGUGGCAGCGCAUUCAUUGUAUGAGAACACUAGGCCGGACAUUCUAAGAGGUCCCGGCGGUGCGCUCCAUCUUGACGGCGCCAAGUACGAACAACUUGAAGAUGACAGGACGGUUCGCGUCCGUGGGGCUGAGUUUCGAUCUUCUACGACGAACGGCCAGCCUUACCAACUCAAACUAGAAGGUGCAAAGGUUUUGGGAUACCGAUCGAUAGUCCUGGGAAGUGUCAGAGAUCACAUACUUAUCAACCAGCUGGACCAUUUGCUUUCCCUUGUGAAGGCAUAUGUCAAGCAGCAACAUCCAAAUAUCCCUGGACACUGGGACCUCGAUUUUCACACUUACGGCCAGGGCCAGAGCACCCCACUGGGUCCCGGAGAAGUUUUUAUCGUUGCAGAGGCCGUUGCACCCACCCAGGAGCUGGCAACCGGACUUGUCUCUACGGCAAGGAUCGGCAUGAUUCACGGUCCUUAUCCGGGUCAAAAAGCGACGUCCGGUAACUUUGCUUUUGGCAUCGCGGGGAAACUUGAGAUCGAGACUGGCCCUUGCUGCCAGUUCUCCAUUUAUCAUCUUAUGGACCUUGAGCCCGGCGAGCAGCGACUUGGGUCCCAGUUGAUCCGCGCCACUGUGGCUACCAUCGGCAAUCCAAACAAACCCAAUACCAGACAAACUGGUCAUCAAAACCCUUCUCAGGGGCAGCUGACGAUACCGAAGCAACAUAAACUGUCACUGAGCCCCACUAUAAACAGCCACGAGGGAGCAAAACGUACACCGCAGACACUCUCUGACAUCUCACGGGUUCUGCGGUCCAAGAACGCAGGCCCCUACGAGGUUACGAUAGAUGCAAUCUUCGAGUCUAAGUCGACGUAUGACGCUGUCAAGGAUUCCGGUCUUUUGUCCGCAGAGACCGUCUCACACGCUCUCAAUGUUUCGCAGAACGACAUAGUAUGGAUGGGGUUCUUUGACCCGGCAAUGGCGUUUAAAGUGACAAUUCCUCGCUUCCGCGCUGGCAAGAAGGCCCCUGCUGGGAGUUUCAUGGAAAAUGAUAUUCACGGGUCACAACAGCAUCUGGGUCUAUCAACUUUGAGAUUGGGUCCGAAGUUGAUGCAUCUCUAUAUUUGA